AGUCUUGUUUGUGUUUACAUUCAGUGUUUGAAUGAAAACAACAAUUGAUGAGUGGUUUGACACCAAAGGCUGAAGACUCGGAUCACUUCCACAGCCACUGAAGAGAUGUCGGAGUCGACGGAGAGUCGCACGAGAGGUACGAAACCCAAGAGUAUUGUCUGGAAGUACUACAAGACAGAGGAGGACACGGAUGGCCACAAAGUGCUGAAGUGUUGCUUCUGUAGCACUGGAUUCACGGCAUCGGUGGCCAGGAAUGCGACUAAACUGAGACAACAUCUCAUCCGCAAGUGUCGGGACAUCCCAUCGCACGUGAAGACUGAGUUUGUCGACGACAUCGAGGAUGAGAAUCGACACCAAUUCAAUCGCAUUGUGAUCAAAGACUUGGACACACGGGUGAUGAACAAGAGGAGCGGAACUAUGAGUCAAAUAAUAACGAAAAUAAUUGUGAAGAACCGACCGAAAGGUGAUGUGAAGCCGCGCCUGAAGAACAUGUUGAGAGUGGAGGACUCAUCGGAUGAGUUGACGGGCACCACAGAUAUGACAGAUAUGUUGAGUAGGAGUGAACUGAAGACAAGAGUGCGGACUCUGGAAGAGGAGAACCUGCGGCUGAACUCACGGCUCGAGUUGUGUCGCAAACAAAACGAUGCUUUGAUACAAAUGACUAAACAUCUGGAGCUGAGUCUGAAACUGAUGGAGAAGUUGGAGGCCAUCAACAAAAUGCAUUCAAUUAGAUUCGAUGACAACGAGGCAGAAGUGGAUGGACUCACGGAUGAGUUGAACACCAAUAAUGAGUCGGCGGAAGAGUGGAGACAAAAGUUGAAAGUCAUUGACAGACAGUUGUGGGCGGAGAAGGAGAGAGAAGAUAACUAUCAGAGAAAUAGUGAGAAGACGAUUAACUCGAAGACCCAAAGGCCUCAGUCGUCGAUUUGGAAGUACUAUAAACUGGGGGAAAGGGAUCAGACGGACGGCUUGCGGGCAAUUGAGUGUCUAUUCUGUAGCAAAACGUUUCGCCACAAGAAUCUGAACGCCUUUAAGAGCCGAACCCAUAUCGUGGAGAACUGCGAGAAGUGUCCGCAAGAUAUCAAAGAAAAGGAGAACAUUUGGUCGGAACCGCAGCCCAAGUCGAAGGUCGACAUCUGGAGUCACUUUAAGCUGAGUAAUAGUGAGGACAAGACAUGUGCUGAGUGUCAGUAUUGCGGACAUAAAUACUACUACAGAAACGCAACCAAAUGUAGACAACAUUUAGUCUUCAAAUGCCAACAAAUCCCGUUUGACGUCAAAGAAACCAUUCGUAACCAAUGCGACCAAAGUUUUCUCAAUAAUUCCAAGUCUUUAGAACCCAUUAAAACCAGACUUUCCAACAUUUGGAACCAUUACCAUAGUAGUGAUGAUAAUGAAGGCAAACAAACAUAUCGUUGUAUUUAUUGUAGACAACAGUAUUCGACGAGAAAUGCCACCAAAUUUCGACAACAUUUGGUCGACCGGUGCGAAAGUGUUCCCCAAGAGGUUCGCGACGAGUUGGCCACCGAGUGUAUGGAGUCGACGCGCACCUGGACUCAGGCAAAGGUCCCGGUUUGGUCUCACUUUGAACUCUGGGAAGAGACGGGCAAACAGAUGUGUCGGUGCGCCUACUGUGGCAUUACAUACGCCUAUAGAAACGCCACUAAAUGUAGAAUUCAUUUGAUGAUGAAAUGCGAUAAAAUUCCGGUUGACUUGAGGUUUAAAUUACGCAAAGAGUCCAAUGAGUUGUAUACGAGUGCACUGGCGGCUAAAACUCAACCAAAACAGAAAAAGCCUAAAGCAAGGAAAAUGUACGUCAAAACGGGUCCUAUAAUCCGAAAACCAAAGUCUAGGAUUUGGGAGUUUUUUCUGGAAGAUAAGGACGGGAAGGGCGAUACCAUACGGCGCUGUACUUUCUGUGAACACGUAUUUGGUUCGGGAACGAGUCGUAACGCAACUAAAAUGAGAGACCAUUUGGCGCUCUUUUGUAAGUCUAUUCCCGAAGACGUUAAGAAUAGGAUCGUUGACGAGAACACUAAGUACGGGCGACCCUAUCGUAAUAAACCUCCGCAACCACUCAAAUGGCUGGAGUGCUGUUGGCCCGGCUGUGAGAUGAAGUUCCCUAAAAGAUCUCGACUUCUUAACCAUCAGAGAGUACAUACGGGUGAUAUAGUUCGGGUGCCAUGCGAUUGGCCCGGUUGUGAGUGGACUGGGAGGUCACGGCAUUGCGUGACAAUUCAUAAAUAUAUACAUACCGGGGAGAAGCCCUAUCACUGCGAUUGGCCGGGAUGUGAGUUCAAGACCGCCAAACCUUCCAGUCUUUGUGUUCAUAAGAUGAGACACAAGAAUCUGUUGCGUUACAAAUGCGAUUGGCCUGACUGUGAGCGCACAUUCCUCACCUCAUCGCAGCGCACUGUCCACAAAAUGGUUCACAUGGGUAUCAAACCGCACGCCUGUCAGUACUGCGACAAACGGUACCCGCAANUGUUGCGUUACAAAUGCGAUUGGCCUGACUGUGAGCGCACAUUCCUCACCUCAUCGCAGCGCACUGUCCACAAAAUGGUUCACAUGGGUAUCAAACCGCACGCCUGUCAGUACUGCGACAAACGGUAUCCGCAAUUGAAUAAAUUAAAGGUUCACCAAAAUAAACAUCAUUUCAAUGAAAUGCGAAUUAAUUCGUAUAACGUU